AUGGCCCUACUCUUGAAUAAGGGAGCGGACGUGAAUGCGCAGGGCGGCGAAUACGGCAACGCUCUCUACGCCGCCUCGUACAAAGGCGAUCUCGAGAUUGUCAAGGACAUGAAUGCGCAGGGCGGCGAACACGGUAACGCUCUCUACACGGCCUCGUAUAAAGGCGAUCUCGAGAUUGUCAAGCUUCUUUUGGAUAAGGAAGCAGACGUGAAUGCGCAGGGCGGCGAAUACGGCAACGCUCUCCAGGCCGCCUCUUAUAUAGGCGAUCUCGAGAUUGUCAAGCUUCUCUUGGACAAGGGAGCGGACGUGAAUGCGCAGGGCGGCGAACAUGGCAACGCUCUCUACGCCGCCUUAUAUAUAAGCCAUCUCGAGAUUGUCAAGCUUUUCCUAGAUAAGGGAGCGGAUGUGAAUGCGCAGGGCGGCUUACACGGCAACGCUCUCUAUGCCGCCUCGUAUAAAGGCGAUCUCGAGAUUGUCAAGCUUCUUUUGGAUAAGGAAGCAGACGUGAAUGCGCAGGGCGGCGAAUACGGCAACGCUCUCCAGGCCGCCUCUUAUAUAGGCGAUCUCGAGAUUGUCAAGCUUCUCUUGGACAAGGGAGCGGACGUGAAUGCGCAGGGCGGCGAACAUGGCAACGCUCUCUACGCCGCCUUAUAUAUAAGCCAUCUCGAGAUUGUCAAGCUUUUCCUAGAUAAGGGAGCGGAUGUGAAUGCGCAGGGCGGCUUACACGGCAACGCUCUCUAUGCCGCCUCGUAUAAAGGCGAUCUCGAGAUUGUCAAUCAUCUCUUGAAUAAGGGAGCGGACGUGAAUGCGCAGGGCGGCUUACACGGCAACGCUCUUCAGGCCGCCUUAUAUAUAGGCCAUCUCGAGAUUGUCAAGCAUCUCUUAGAUAAGGGAGCGGACGUGAAUGCGCGGGGCGCUUACUAUGGCAACGCUCUCUACGCCGCCUCGUAUAAAGGUGAUCUCGAGAUUGUCAAGCUUCUCUUGGAUAAGGGAGCAGACGUGAAUGCGCAGGGCGCUUACUAUGGUAACGCUCUCUACGCCGCCUUAUAUAAAGGCGAUCUCGAGAUUGUCAAACUUCUCUUGGAUAAGGGAGCGGACGUGAAUGCGCAGGGCGGCGAACACGGCAACGCUCUUCAGGCCACCUCGUAUAAAGGCUAUCUUGAGAUUGUCAAGCUUCUCUUGGAUAAGGGAGCAGACGUAAAUGCGCAGGGCGGCAAGUACGGUAACGCUCUCCAGGCCGCCUCGUCGGAAGGCCAUCUCGAGAUUGUCAAACUUCUCUUGGAUAAGGGAGCGGACGUGAAUUCGCAGGGCGGCAAGUACGGCAAUGCUCUCCAGGCCGCCUCAAGGGAUGGCUAUCGAGAGAUUAUCAGACUGCUCUUGGAGUACGCAGCGCAUUUGAACGCAUAUGGCGACGAAUCCCUGUGUCCCCAGUGA